UUUUGACAAGUGGUGGAAAAACUUAAAAGUUUUAGCUAAAAUGUUUUAAUGCCUAGUAUGGUCUGGCUCCCCGGCUUCUGUAAUGUGCCUUUGUUAAACAAUUCAUCCAUCUGGUUUUCCUCCAAUUCAUCAAAGCAUCAAUAACUAAGCUAACAGCCACCGCUGUCUGCAAAGCAACUUUGACAAGACAUUAUUUCCAAGCGCCUCUGAAGAUACCACACUUUAUUGAUGGACUUAAGUUGCAUCGUGGAUGAGUUGCGUUACCAGACUUUAUAUAUAUAGCCUAGAUAAAGUUUUGCACACGCUUCACCAGCAGAUGGUGCGCUUCUUGCUUUAGCCCGCUGCAAGUAAAGGCAAAGAAAGACAGGGGUUCAUUAUAUUCUAGAUCCUUGAAAUGGCAAACUUUACUUGAAUUAAUCAGCAUCUGUGACUUGAAUGGGGGAACAUUGAUUAUUGAGGACGUUAAUUCCGCACGAAUGAAUAAAACUGUAACGUUAUCCGGUGGGAUAUCAGGCUCCACUGUGUAAAACCAUCCACGCAGCGCCGGUCUGUGCACAGGCUGCACAUCACAUCACUCUGAACCCCGAGGAGGAGCGCAGAGGCAGAGCAGCAGGUCUCCGACAUGGCUACAGAAGGAGCAGAUAUGACAGAGGAAACCGAGUACAUGAUAGACAAAAAUGUGGGGAAAGAAGCAGAAAAGGUGGAAUCGUCCGGCGACGCCAAAGAAAUGCGUGCGGUGAUCCUGGCAGGUUUUGGAGGUCUCAACAAACUCAGGGUAACCAAGAAGACAAUGCCCGAGCUUCAGGAUGGUGAAGUGAAGAUCCGUGUGAAAGCUUGUGGCUUGAAUUUCCUGGAUCUGAUGGUACGUCAGGGGACAAUUGAUAAUCCUCCCAAACCUCCUGUUGUCCCUGGGUUUGAAUGCUGUGGAAUAGUAGAGUCAGUGAGUGAAAACACAACAGGAUUUGAGAUAGGCGACCGAGUUAUGGCUUUUGUAAAUUACAAUGCCUGGGCAGAAGUUGUUUGCACACCAGUGGAUUUUGUCUACAAGAUGCCAGAUGAAAUGACUUAUGCAGAGGCUGCUGCAUUCUCCCUGAAUUUCGUGGCCGCCUAUAUGAUGCUCUUUGAGGUUGCCAAUCUGCGAGAGGGGAUGUCAGUGUUGGUUCACUCAGCAGGAGGUGGUGUAGGUCAAGCUGUGGCUCAGUUGUGUUCCACUGUACCUAAUGUCACUGUGUUUGGGACCGCAUCAUGUUUCAAACACGCAGCCAUCAGAGAGUCAGUGACUCACCUCUUCGACAGAAACACUGAUUAUAUGCAAGAAGUCAAAAAGAUUUCUCCAGAGGGAGUAGACAUCGUGUUGGACUGCCUGUGUGGGGAAAACACAGGGAAAGGCCUGACUCUGCUGAAGCCUUUGGGAACUUACAUCCUCUAUGGCGCGUCAAACAUGGUAACUGGGGAAACAAAGAGUUUCUUCAGCUUUGCAAAAUCUUGGUGGCAGGUGGAGAAGGUGAACCCUAUUAAACUCUACGAGGAGAACAAAGUUAUAGCAGGAUUUUCGCUGCUCAACCUCCUCUUCAAGCAUGGGAAAUGUAGUCUUGUGAGAUCAGUGAUGGACAAACUCUUGUGUCUCUAUGACCAAAAGAAGAUCAAGCCGGUAGUGGAUUCUCUAUGGGCGCUGGAGGAGGUGAAAGAGGCCAUGCAAAGAAUUCAUGACAGAGGCAACAUAGGAAAACUCAUUCUGGAUGUUGAGAAGACACCCACCCCUCUGAUGGCCAGUGACAGCACAGAGACCAGUGAAGCAGGAGAGGAGGAAGAGGAGGCCGAAGAAGACAACGACAGCAAGGAAAGAAUGCCUUUCAUCCAUUAAACCCAACAAACCCUACUACAAUACACCUAGAGACGGGAGACAUUCACCAUAGAGAAACACAAGUGUUGUGCAGUAUGUGCGUAUGUAUGGGGGGUGGGCCAUAUCAAUAUACAUGCACUCCAGUACCUUAAACGUGUACCUGCCUGCCUAACUUCCACUCUACCUAACCUAGUUUACCUAGUUAGGUGUAGAAUCAGGUGUGGUGUGGAGUGAAGUUACAAUGGUCAGGUGUGCUGCACUAUCAAGCAACGCCUGACACUACACCUAACAUUUAGAAAAAGUUCUAGUUACAUGUAGUGGCGCUGUCACAUCUAGUCUGGCAUAUUGGGCUGAGUGAAGCCUAUUCUGGUAUGUGCAAAGUACUCUGUGGACACACCUGACGCGACACCUAACUCUAAUCUCUGCAGUCUCCUCGGAAGGCUGUAUUUAUCCAGAGAGAAAAAAUUAGAUUGAGUUUUUGUUCUGCAGCUAGUGUGUCAUUUUUGCAAGUUUAUGUUGCUUUUAUUGUGCAAUAUGUAGGAGUAAUAUAGCUAAACUAUAAUGGACCACAUGGACCAUGAAGGAUCACUAUUUCAUGCUGCAGACUGGAGUUCAUUUCCUUGUGAGUGAAAUGGUAUAUAAAAAAGGAUGAUAGUAGUUUAUUCUAAUGCUGCUGAUGUGCUGCAACAGAUUAAAGUUCAAAUAUAAAUAAUUUAUUUCUAUUAAACACUCUCCAACCAAAAUCAGUGUGUUUCAUUAAAUCGCCUGAAUUCUCCGACAUUUUACGCAAUAAAAGCAACAUACUUGCAAUAAUGUCACAUAAAUCUGUUUAGGUGGGUUGACUGGGAAUCCAAAUGCAGACACAGAUUCAGAUGUAAAAGAAAAAUACACAGCAGGUUUAUUUGACAGUUUCAAAAAAAUGUGCAAUGACGAAAUGCAAGCUGGUGAUCUUUGUGAGCAGGCAGGCGGAGUGAGCUGGGAAGGCAGCUUAAAAACAGAGAGUAUACUGAGUGGAGCAGGCUGACUGAAACUCCUCUGUCCAGGAUCAGGACCUGAGGCAAAAGUGAGAAAAACACAAUUCUGUAGUACUGCAAGCUUGACACAAAGAAGAGGGAAACAGAAUAAAGACUAGGGACUUAGGGGAUGGCACAGCCAGAACCUGACAAGUUUGCAGAGUGAACAUUAUACCUAAUUUUCUGUCUCUCUUUCUGGAUUCUUCCUAGGAUUAGUGUAAGGUGUUCAGGGCUGGGGAGUAACGGAUUACAUGUAACAGUGUUACGUAAUCAGGAUACAAACCGGCUCCGGUUCAGCAACAAGUAAAGCUAUCUGGAAACUCUGUGAAUCAAAGAGUUGAGGCAGAGCAGCCGGGGGACGUCAGAGAGAAAACUAGAAAAAUAUUUACUCCAUAUUUCUAAUAUUUCUCCAUCAAAUAUGAUGUAGUUUCACCAAAAUCAGUGAAAAAAAGUUGUGUUUCUGUAAAGUAAUCAGUGGGGCCCGGUCCUAGAAACACUGCUUCAGCAGUAUAAUAGUGAGAAAUCUUUUCAUUGGACGCUAAAUUAAGUGCAGAAUGAGUCAUCAACAUUCACUCUUAAAUAUCAUCAAGAAUACCUACAAAACAAUGUUUUUUGUCAUUGAUGGCCCAGAUACUGCCAUAGUGGUGACAUAGUGCAAAGCAUAUCAUAUAAAAACAUUGAAACAUGGAUUUUGGGAACGGGAGAUUUUGUUUUCUCUAAAAGUACACUAAGCAGACAACGUAUCAAGCUUCUCUUGUCUUCAUUUGGCUAUUUGGCAUUGAAGUAAUCCAAAAGUAACUGAAAGUAAUCAGAUUACAUUACCUUUAUUUUGUGGUACUUGAUUACAUUACUGAUUACAUUUUUAAACAAGUAAUUAGUAAUUGUACUGGACUGCAUUUUUAAAGUAAUCCUCCCAACCCUGAAGGUGUUGCCUCAGGUGAGGUGACAUAGUGCUUUGCAUCUUCUAGCAUCAGCUUCACUCAGUCAAGUUCAAGUUUAUUUAUAAAGCACAUUUAAAAACAACACUAGUUGACCAAAGUGCUUUCCACAAUAGACAAUAAAUAUACAUGACAACAACAGUAGAAAAAGUAAAUAAAAAAAUAAAUGUCACUACUGAACUCUGUUUGAAGGCCGACGAAUAAAUAUAUGUCUUUAGCAAGGAUUUGAAAGUGUCAGGAGUCGGGGCAUUUUUUAUUUCAACAGGUAAAGUGUUCUAAAGAUUAGGAGCAAUCUUGCACUCAUACACCACACUAGAUGUGACAGUGCCACACGUGUCUUUACAUGUAACAAAAAAUGUUCUAAGCGCAAUGUGUAAUGUCAGAAGUUGCUGGAUAGUGCACUUCACCUGACCAUUGUGGCUUUACUCAACACCGCACCUGCUUCUACACGUGACUAAGUUCAUUUUGGCAUGUCAGGUGUAGUGUUGGUGUGGCGUCUGUGUGUGUGCUUACGCCAUAAAGUGUAGCGUAGGUGUGGCACAGGCGAUCAUGGUAAUGUGUUAAAGUUACACCUAAAUGAAACACACAUCCCCUACGCCACAUGUAUAUGAUGCCUGUGUAAGCAUUAUAAGUGGAAAUUGGAAAAUAGAAAAUGUAGGUGUAAUGUCAAAGGUUUGUUAGAUUGCAGAGGUCUUGUCAGGCGCUAGUGAGGCGUUUGAGGUACUGGACACAUGUAAAUUGGUAUUUUCCACCCCCUAUACAUAUGUAUGUAUGUAUGCAUGUGCUAUAUGCAUGAAUGUAUGUAUCUAUGUACAGAAUAUGUUUGUGCCUCUUGUCUGUUACCUAUUGUUUGUCAGUUGAUUAGUCAAGUAACUUUUUUGGGUAAAUGAAGACUCACAUGUUUAUCACCCAGACAACAAGUGCAAGUGCCAUUCUUAGAAUAGUAUUAAUAUAUUCUUUAAUGUAUUAUGAAGUGAUGUUAUGCUAGCCAAUGAUGUAAAUAGGUUUGUGUCCAUUUUACAGGCAAUUGCAUCUGCCAACAGUUUAUUGAAUCAGCCACAAAGUGAAAUUAGCAUUUAAACCUGCUGACUUGCUAUUAUCACUUUAAGAUUUGCACCCGUAAAAACAGAUUUAGUAAAGCACAUAAGUGUCAUACCAUGUCUGUCCUCAGUGAUGACAGCAAAAUGAGAGCAAACGAUUUACACAAGUUUUAGAAAAUGACCCAUAACGUUUUGAUGCCUCUGACGAAGGGAGUCUCAUGUUACAAUAGUAAUGCGUAAGCCAGUAGAGGUAGGCAAGUCUGUGUUUGCGUGAUAUUUUAUUCUUAGGUGCCAACCGUGUAAUACUAUGGGAUCAACAGUGCCUUUGAGCUACAAACGAGUGUUUGAUACUCGAAAUGCUUUCCUCGUGUGAAGUUCGCAUUGGACAAACCAAGAAAAAAGGUAUUUUAACUGGAAUAUGAAAACAGAUGUGUAGACUAUUCAAGAUUCUUCCUUGCCUGAUCAUACAAUUUGUAGUAGGUUGAAUCUACGGUGCCACCAGAGCACUUUUUAUGUAGUGAGGUUUGGAUUGAGGAUAUGUUUUCCUUCUAAACUGUAUAUUCAGAACUUUUCUUAAGUGUUAGAUAUAUUGUCAGGUUGCAAAAAUUGGACCGUUUUGUAAACACUGGGGUAAAACAGAAUUUAUAUGUAAAUACAAGAGAACAUGAGAAAAAUCAGUUCUUAGGGAGGACGAUGAAGCGUUCAGUCAGCCUGCAGUCCAAGGUUUGAGGAGUCUCUGCUUUGCCUUGUCUGACCAAAGUUGUUUACUUGCUGGUGCCUCACAACAAAAGUGCCAACAUAAAUUAUUUUUACAAUGAGUUGUAUAAAGGCAGGGUGAUUUAGGUUUGAGCAACACUGUGUAUUACUUUAUGUAAGUAUGACGCCCUCUGCUGAACUCCACAUGUGCGAGUUGUUGAUGAAAUGCAGGAGAAGAACAACUGACUCACCCACUACAAAUCUGAUCUGUUUUAUUUUUAUUUUAUCAAAGUAAAAACAAACUGCGUUGUAUUUCCUUCACACUAUUUCUCCGGCCUUGCUUGUUCACUGUGUUUUAUAUCGUCUAGCCAUCUGAAUUAUUUAUUACCUUAAUUGAAUUAUUAAAAUGAAACCACAGUAUACGUCAGAAACUAUUUUCUCACCUGAAAACAAUAAGAGAAGUCAAUGUUUCAUAAUAAUACCAUUUUAAGAAGGAAAAAAAUGUAUCAACAGCAAAACUAACAGGAGCAUGCCUUGAAGCUGAAUGAUAAACAGUGGAGAGACAGAGUUAAUAGGUUUACUAAAGUGAAUCGAUUUAGAGAUUGAUUUCCAUCCAUCCAUCUUCAACCGCUUGAUUUGUAGACUUGAAAAUAAGGACAGUGAUGUGUAGUGUCAGUUUAGAUACCUUUAAUGUCACAUUUGUUGUGUGAGAGAGAGCAUGUUUUUCAGUGUGUUUUCAUAUUGUACAAAAAAAGAACAACAAAGAAGUGUUUAGCAUUGUAGUGUGUUCACAAAAUUCCUUUUAAACUAUGGGUUACCUGUGGUGUACGUUCUUUGAGUACAGCUCUGUUUACUUGAAUAAUAAAUAUCUGCAAAGUA